GCUUGGAAGGAGGAUGCAUCCAAUGCUUUCGCGCAGGAGCCGAAUGAUCGAAGCGGAAGGUUACCCGAUUUAAAAAAAAAAAAAAAGGCUAAUUCUUUUUAACCCCAAUACCUGUUGCGGGUUGUGCUUCACAGAUCUGUGACAAUAGAUUUCUAUCUCCACUGUUUGUCGUGUCGGAGGGAAAGAACGUCACUCGGCAUCUGCCGAACGUAUCCAAGCAAGUGUGCGCAAAAAAUCAGUUGCACACCCACUCACACACACAAAAGAGGGGGGAAAAGAAAAAUCACUCACACACACACACACGCAGAGAGAGAGAGAGAGAGAGAGAGAGAGAGAGAGAGAGAGAGAGAGAGAGAGAAAGAGAGAGAGAGAGAAUGGAAAGUGUGAGAAAGAUUGGCGGGGUGAAGAUGGAAAUGGGGAAGCUGGGAGAUGAUGUGCUACUGAACAUUCUGACGAAGCUUCCAUUGAUUGACAGAGUGUUCAGUGCACCUUGUGUAUGUCGUCAGUGGUUGAGGGUGGCCAGACAGCCGGAGUGUUUUCUAGAGAUCGACACGAGGGAGUGGGCGGAGAGCCAAGGGCUUUUGCUGCACGGGUGGCGCAAACCCGUCCUUCUCGGUGGUGGUUCGAUCCCUCGUCGUGCGGAUGCGAUGUUGAAGAAGUUGGGAGAGCUKAGCAGAGGUGGCAUAGAGACAUUGAUSCUUCAGUACUGUACUACGAAGGGGAUGAUUGCUGUUUGUGCUGGGCAAACGAACCUCAGGCGYUUAGAACUUUGGUCUGUGUUUGGUGCACUUCACCAGSGGCGGCUGGAUCUGUUGUUGAAAUCUUGCCCGCAAUUAGAACACUUGUCAAUUGGCAACAUCACCUCGCCGGACUCUUUUCGUCGUUUCCCCUUYUUACAACCUGACCCUCGAUCCCCCUUCUCCCCCUUUCCUGACCGGAUUCCUUCUUCCCUCAUUGCAGRSACCUCUUUUGGCGAAGAGGCAACUGAGCUGGACGAUUUCGUACUUGACACCCACUCCGUGGUGUGGGUGUUGCCGCCCUCUCCCUAUGUUCGUAUUCCAGUUCCUCGCAGGUUUGAUGGUGGUGGCGGUUCAAAUGAAGAAGGAGAAGAAAGUAAUUACCCUUCCGGGCAGGAAGAUGAAGCAGCAGAGGGAGGAGGAGCAGGAGGAGGAGGAGGAGGAGGAGGGCGAGGAGAAGGAGGAGGAAGAAUGGAGGUGGAAAGGGAGGGGCGGGGUGGUGGCGCUGAAGCGGGUGCGCCAAGCGAUGACGUAGGAGAAGAACGAGAGGGUGAAUCCUCAAGCGAGGGCCAGGGUGAUGAGAAGGAAGAGGAAGAAGAGCUUGUCAGCAUCUAUUCAGUCUUCAGAAUGUGGCUGCCACCGCUUCAUUGCCCUCGCCCUCGCCCUGGCCCAUUUCCCUUUCACCCUCCACGUCCUCCUCGGCUUGUUGAAGAUGAAGACGAUGGCGCGUCCGCUCCAAGCGACGGAGGAGCGGGAGGAGAACAUCCUAAUUGGGUGGUGAGGAGGAGGAUAUGGCACGGGCCACUGCCUCCUCCCCCCGGUCGUGAUCAACCUAUUCCUCCCCCUAUUCCUUCAUAUCCGCUGGUUGAUCCUGUCGUGGAGCCCGUUCAUGAGGCCGCUUCUGCAAUGAGCGAAGGAGAAGCAGCCGAUGAUGAUGCCGGUCCCACAACGACCGACGGAGGAGCAGUACAUGGUGAUGCAAGCGCUGACGAGGCGGMAAGAGAACCUAGUAGUAAUGAAGUGGAACGGCGAGAGAGGGAGGCGGUCCUCCUGAGGGGAAACGGUGGUAAUGAUGCGGAUGGACGCGUAGGUCGUGAUGGUGGUGAUCCUGCUGCCGCUUUGGCGGCKKCGGCUUCGGCUUCGGCUUCGGCUUCGGCCGCAGACCGUCUCAACGAGGCUGCGAGCCGGCUAAACGGCGUUGCGAGUCUCUURAGUAGAGUUGAUGAUCUCCUAAUUAACGCCGUGAACCACCUAAACAUGGCGUGGAACCAUCUACAUGAGCUGAAUGGGGGUGACGUUGCAGCAGAGAAUGCUGCGAGAWGAGGAAGAUAUGGCGGCGAGUUGCAUCGGUYGUUCCGUGCAGAGGAGCGCACGGGACACUGUCAUCAUCGCGUUGAGGAGGAUGACUACGGCGGCGAUGGCGAGAAUAAUGGAGACGCAGCAGAGCGGACUGUGGACGGUGUCGGGGACGGAGCAAUGGAGAGAGGACGACGUAAUGCUGCGGAGAAGCAGGUGCCGCAGCAGCAGGAGAGGGGGGGGGGGGAUGAAGAGAGAUUCGCAGACGAAGAGGCGGAGGAAAAAAGCGCGAGCCCCUCUUGUAGCGAUGAUGAUGGUAAGGAGCAGGGUGAUAAUGACAGCGACGGAGCCGAGGAGAAGCAGGCGCAGCAGGAGGAGGAGGGGGAGGAGGAAGAAGAGAGAGUCGCAGCAGACGCAAAAGAGGAGGAAAGAGGCGGGACGUCCUCUUCUAGCGAUGAUGAUGAUGAUAAGGAGGGUGAUAAGGAUAGCAAUGGAGCGGAGGAGAAGAAGCAGGCGCCGCAGCAGCAGGAUAGGAGGGGGGAGGAAGGGAGCGUUGCUGACGAAAAAGAGGAGGGAAGAGGCGCGAGCUCCUCGUCUAGGCGGCAUGAGGAGGAGGGGCAGGAGGGUGAUAAGGAUAGCAAUGGAGCGGAGGAGAAGCAGGCGCAGCUGCAGGAGGGGGAGAAGAAAAAGAGAGUCGCAGACGAAAAAGAGGAGGGAAGACGAGCGAGCUCCUCCUCUAGGCAUGAGGUGGAGGAGGAGGAGGGUGGUAGUGAUAUCUCCUUGGGUUAUAAUGAUUGUAAUCUUGAUCGAUUGGCUGUCCUCAGCAUUGCCAAUAACUGUCCGCACUUGAAGACGCUUCAUCUCUCCAGCUCUGUCUGCUGGGCCUACAGCUGUAUAACCGCGCCCUCCAUGAUUGCCUUAGUCAAUGGAUGCAGUGGAUUAACCGAUCUCUCUAUUACCGUAGGCAGUUCAUGCGAUUCCGAGGCUUGUAGCUCUGCCGUCCGGGUCCUCGCUGGGUGCAAGCAGCUGCGCAACCUGUCUCUGUCCGGCUUCAAUCCUGCUGCCUUCGAUGGGUUAUUAGGAGAAGAAGAUGGCGAUUKCCCUCUCUUAUCGUCAUUGGCGCUGASGGCGAGUGACUGGUUCACCAYCUCACGCUWUUUGAAUCUCUGGGUUUCCCUUUUYGGUUGUACUAGACGUGCAAACCUUACAUCUCUGUGCGUGAUAGAUAGCGUGUAUUUCGGCGAUCCUCAKCUUCAAUCGGCYGUGUUAGAGAGUGCUGGGCUAAGGAAACUCGAUGUUAGUGGGACGCGGGUCUCCGACUGGGGGAUUGCUGCGGCGGUGAGGGGUUGUUCUGAUCUGAGAGUUCUUAAUGCAUCCCGCUGCAGAUACGUGACAGAUGCAUCCGUUAGGGUUUUGGCGGCGGAAGGCGGGCGGCAGUUGCGCGAGCUUUGUUUCGACGAUACGAGCGUCACACACAACGCGUUGUCUUCUCUCGGCUGCCGGGGAACUCGCACAGCAGGACUUACUAAGCUCCUGCUCUACGGAUCAUUGGUCGGAGGAAGAGGAACAAUAGUAGGAGUAGGAGCAGGAGUAGGAGGAGGAGGAGGAGGGGGAGGAGGAGGAGGGGGAGGAGGAGCAGUCAGCACCUACCCCUCGUUGGAAUCUUUGAGAAGCUUAGAGGUACUUCUUGAGCAUCAUCCAUGUCUGGAGGAGGUGGGUUUACGAGUGUUCGAUCCCUUGUUAGAUGGGGAACGAGCGGAGUGCAUGGAAUCGAGGUGGGGACAAGCGAUUYUGGCGCGAAAGCUCAAGCUAGUGCAACUUACGGAGGACAUGUGUCGACGUGACGCUAAGUCCGACGAAGAGCGAGAGCAGAGGAGCAGGAGCAAGCAGUAUGUCAGGGAUCAGUAUGUUAGUUKKGAGCCUCGUCUUCCCGCUUGGCAGUGUUGUGGGCCUUUCCUUCGUUGUCUCUCUCRAGUCGGGCGGUCCUUACGCAGCCUUCAUCUCUAUUCGGACCCGAGAGCGCUUUUCGGMGAUUUCGAGGGAGAAYUCCUUGCUUUCCUCAGCUGCUGCCCCCUUCUCGUUUCGCUGCGACUCACAGGAUUUGCCCAGGUAAGUGAUGCCAUCGUUUACAAACUUGGACAUUUCUGUCCUUCGCUUGAGCAUCUAGCCAUCGCUGGUGCUCGUAUUGCGUUCUYUACGGUCAAGCACCUAGCUGUCACAAGCCCCACACUCAAGUCCUUUGAGUACCGUCCCGACCAUUACCGGGACGUUCUCUUGAAGGAAGCCUCCAAACGGGUUAGUGUCUGCUCGUUGUAUUUCGAGGGAAGACCGUAKUGGAGCUUAACAGACUAGGUACUGGAGUAGGAGAGAGCCUAAUCAUUCGUCUUCCCACGAGUAGAACGCACUUUUUCAUUACUGCUAUACUUUGUUAGGGCGACUUUCAGUCUAAUAGAUAUAGCGACAGCGACUGGUCGUUCUAYUCSAGGGAACACGGUAGUCGAGACUUAGGWACUAGAGUAGGAGACAGCCUAAUCAUUCGGCUUCCCGCGAUUAGAACGCACUGCCACUAUUUCUGUACUUUUUUAGGGCGACUUCCAGUCUAGGUAUAGCGACAGUGACUGCUCGUUCUAUUCGAGGGAACACGGUAGUGGAGCUUAUCUUGGUGGUAGGGUCUACAAUUCAUGUAAUUUACACUUUCGAUAAUAAAAAAGAAAUCAGCUG